CUUCUUCAAAACAACGGCAGAUGCUCCACCCCGAGCGAGGUAGCGGCAGGCGGAGAGUCCAUAGCGAGGCCCAGCUCCGUCUCCAUCAGCCGCGUCUCCGCCGGGGGAAGGAGAGGCAAUAAAGAAAGGGCUUUGCUUCGCAUCGGCGUUGCCCUUUCGCUAUUUUUAAAUCCUCGGCGUUACGUUGCUGCAGCAUUUGCCGUGUCCUCCAUCUCCAUUGCUGGCGUUUUGGCUUCUUAUUUCCUCUUUCCUCUGCUCUUUGCUCCCCGUCUCUGUGGAUCUGAGACCGGACGCAAGAGAGGUGAAGCGGGGAGGGGAAGAGAGGGGGAGGGAAAGAAGAGAAGUAGAGAUCGGGAGAAGCCGAUGAAGGCCCGAAGCGGCGGCGGCGGCGGCGGUGAGAGGAGAGUCUCGGCGAGAUGGAUUCUGAUCGCCUGCGUCGCCGGAUUUGGCCUUGGAGUGCUGUUCUCGGACAGGUUCUGGACUGCUCCAGACUCGAAUAGCCAGAUCAUCUCGAGGCAGCGGCAGGAGCAAGAGCUUCAGGUCAUAUCAGGUGACUGCACCACCAAAAAGAAGCCUGGCCGAGAUAAGGAUAUAAUGGGAGAGGUGACCAAGACGCAUGAAGCUAUACAGUCUCUGGAUAAGACAAUAGCAACACUUCAGAUGGAGCUGGCAGCCACUCGGAGCUCUCAAGAGUUGAUAAGACUGGAUGGUUCCCCGUCGACCCCUGCAUCUGGUCAGCAGAAGAAGAAGGCCUUCGUUGUGAUUGGGAUCAAUACUGCAUUUAGCAGCAGGAAGAGGCGGGACUCGGUCAGAGAAACCUGGAUGCCUCAAGGUGAAAAGCUCCAACGACUAGAGCGCGAGAAGGGAAUUGUCGUCCGAUUCAUGAUUGGUCACAGUGCGACAUCCCAUAGCAUUCUUGAUCGGGCUAUUGAUGCAGAAGAUGCUCAGCAUAAUGAUUUUCUGAGGCUGGAUCAUGUUGAAGGUUAUCACGAACUAUCUGCAAAAACAAAAACAUUUUUUGCUACUGCAGUUGCCUUAUGGGAUGCUGCGUUUUAUGUCAAGGUGGAUGAUGAUGUCCAUGUUAAUCUAGGUAUGCUUGCUGCGACACUCGCUCGUCACAGAUCAAAACCCAGGACCUACAUUGGGUGUAUGAAGUCUGGCCAAGUUCUUUCUCAGAAGAAUGUGAAGUAUCACGAGCCUGAAUACUGGAAAUUUGGAGAGGAAGGAAACAAAUACUUCCGUCAUGCAACUGGGCAGAUCUAUGCAAUCUCCAAAGAUCUAGCUACAUACGUUUCAAUCAACCAGCCUAUACUGCACAAAUAUGCUAAUGAAGAUGUAUCACUUGGCUCUUGGUUUAUUGGCCUUGAAGUUGAGCACAUAGAUGAGCGUAACAUGUGCUGUGGAACUCCACCAGAUUGUGAGUGGAAGGCCCAGGCUGGAAAUGUGUGCAUUGCAUCAUUCGAUUGGACCUGCAGCGGGAUCUGCAAGUCAGUUGAGAGAAUGAAGGAAGUUCAUACAAGGUGUGGCGAGGGAGAUGAUGGCGUGUGGAGUACUCUCUUCUGAUCAGGGUUGGGUUUUAGUUUAAUGAAUAUCAGAAUGUUCUACAUGGUCAUCUUUAUUUUCCUCAAGCUCAAAAAGAGAGAAAAAAAAAUGGGAGAAAAAAGGUCAACCUUUAGCAUGGCAGAAUACAUGAAGCAACCUCCUGACCUGAACAUACUUUGAGCCAAAUUAUGAUUGAGUUGCCUCGCAACUGAAUCCUAUACUGUCCACAACACCUGGUUGUUACUAAGAGGAGUACUGAUAAUAGGAAAAUUGGUUAGUUAAGGCUUGGAAUUAUUGUGCCACAAGGAUAAACACAGACCAAAGUCUUGCUGUGAUUUCCGUUCUCAGAACAUUAAAUAUUUGUACACGUAUUUUAAUGGGCUCGGAGUGUAUCAGGAUAGACUGUUUAUUCAGUUACAGAGGAUUAAGCGCAUGAAGUGUUGGUUGCUGAACUGAGGAAUGUUCAUCCAGGUUGUGAGGUCUAUCGCUAUACUAACAUUUUUUUAUUUUUCCCCCUCUUCCCA